AUGAAGGGUAUCGACGCUCGCUACGAUGGCCAGCAUACGAGCCGCAAUGGGAAUGCCGUUGCCGGUGGAGUUCUGACGACCGCCCCGACACCGGCACCGGCACCGGUGCGGGGCGACAAAGGCAAAGAUGUCAGCUCCGAUAUGGACAGCGACGAUGAAACGCUGCAAGUCGAUCACCACAACGUCGACCUAGAAAAUGGUGAUGGCAACUAUGAUGCUGGCGACAGUAGCGCGAAUCCAAGGCUGCUGGCAACCGGAGGCCCUCGUUCGCCUACAUCGGCUUCCGACACGGACGACGAUAAUGGCAGUGGGAAAAGUACACCAGCCAGAAAUAGGGGCAAGACAGUCAAAAGAAAGUCUAAAAACGAGAAGUCCACAAAGCAGGAGACCGUCCGGUGGCGGGACUUACCCGAGAAGGGCCAGUUGACCGUCCUCACUCUCGCACGGCUGAGCGAACCUCUUGUGCAAACAUCUCUUCAGAUCCACGAAACCUAA